UCUUUACGGCGCUGGCAGAACAAAGCUUCUCAGGCUGCACGUAGAGACAGAAAUAUUAAUAGUGUUCGUACGAGUCGGACUGAUUGUUGGAGCAGCUUGUUAUCACGGUAAACAAACCCGAUUCAAAGACAGACAGCUCACCUGCAGGCCGUUACAUGAUGAGAGCCUCAAUAAUUCACACACGCUGUGGGGAUGAUUAUGUUUUUGGGUGGAAAAUCAGAUCUUUAUCUUCUGCGAAGAGAAAAACAUUGCCUCACUCGUGAUGCAAUCCAACAAUGUGGCUGCGAGGUCAUAAAGCCUUUGUUGGAUGAUGGACGAUGUAUUUUUAACGAAGCAGCCAGGUGAGACGGACGGACGGACGGACAGGAGUCGUCAGCUCUGAGGACAGACCGGCGCCGACAUCCGGAGAUCUCACCGGGCCUCAAACGCAACAUGCAGGAAACGUUUUGAUCACGUGUUCGAUCAGGACAUUUAGAUCACAACAAGCAGGAAGUUCAUGAGGUAGAGAAACUUUUCAUCGGUGCAGAAAGAGAUCCGGACACUUCGGUGCAGAUAACAGCUGAUGUAGUUGUGAGGUGCAGUUCUUCUUCUACACUGAUCAGGAGACUGAACGUCUGCUGUUUGUAACAGAGAUACUUUUGAAAUACUGACAGUCAGUCAGAGUCGGGGAACCACAGAGGUGUCAGCGUUACGUUCUUUCAUCACGGUUCAAACAAUCGUCCCGGCUCGACUCUGGAGAUGAGCUAACGGAUAAACGACACCGACGAACGCCCCGCGGGUUUCAGCGUCACCCUCAGAGCGUCCUCCCUCCUCGUCUCCUCGUCUCCUCGUCUCCUGGUGACCCCGGUCUCACCUCCUCCUCUGACUCUCAGAUCAGACGCUGGAUAGAGGAGCGGUGUCAGACGUGAUGUCACUGCGAGCCUCGGAGGAUCAGUCCUGCAGGUUUGGCCGGCAGCCCCGUCAUCUCCGACAUCUCCCUGAUCCGCCUUUCGCCCGCCGCCGUGGCGACCGGCGACUCCCCCUUCAGCCCGCCGCACCCGUACGUCCACCCCCACAUGGAGCACUACCUGCGCUCGGUGCACGGCAGCCCCACCCUGUCCAUGAUCUCCGCCGCCAGAGGACUGAGCCCGGCCGACCUGGCCCACGAGCAUCUGAAGGAGCGAGGGCUGUUCGGACUUCCUCCUCCUCCUCCGGGGGCGAGUCCGGCUGAGUACUACCACCUGAUGGCGAGCCACCGGAGCCCCUACGGCGAGCUGCUCAUGCAGGGGGGCGGGGCCACCGCCGCCGGGGCCCACCUGUCCGACUACAUCACCCCCAUCGACGUGUCGCGGUUCUCCAGCCCCAGACUGACGCCGAGGCUGAGCAGGAAGCGGGCGCUGUCCAUCUCGCCGCUGUCCGACGCCAGCAUCGACCUGCAGACGAUGAUCCGCACUUCGCCCAACUCGCUGGUCGCCUACAUCAACAACUCGCGCUCCAGCUCGGCGGCCAGCAGCUCGUACGGACACCUGUCGGUCGGAGGCCUCAGCCCGUCCUUCCCCUUCCCUCACCCCAUCAACCCGAUGGCGUACCAGCAGCUUCUGUCCCAGCAGCGAGGGCUCAGCGCCUUCGGACACACUCCGCCCCUCAUCCAGCCUCCGCCCACCUACUCCAGCCGCCAGCCGGGCCUCGGACUCUCCUCGCUGCCAGGCUCCGCCCUCAACAGCGAGCUGUCAAAGAACCUGAGCAGCGACUCGGCGGUCAGCAGCACCGUCGACCCCACGAUCACCAAAAGGUCAAAGGUGAAGACUGAAGCCGAGGGACUGAGGCCGCUGUCUCCAUGUUCACCGAACCAUCACAGCAGCCUGUUGGACCUGAAGGACGACGUGGACCGAGACGACUGUAAGCAGGAGCCGGAGGCCGUUUACGAGACUAACUGCCACUGGGAGGGCUGCAGCAAGGAGUACGACACGCAGGAGCAGCUGGUCCACCACAUCAAUAAUGACCACAUCCACGGAGAGAAGAAGGAGUUCGUGUGCCGCUGGGACGACUGUUCGCGGGAGCAGAAGCCCUUCAAAGCUCAGUACAUGCUGGUGGUUCACAUGCGCCGACACACAGGGGAGAAACCACACAAGUGCACGUUCGAGGGCUGCUCCAAGGCCUACUCCCGACUGGAGAAUCUCAAAACUCAUCUGCGCUCGCACACCGGCGAGAAACCGUACGUCUGCGAGCACGAAGGAUGCAACAAAGCCUUCUCUAACGCCUCGGACCGAGCCAAACACCAGAACCGGACACACUCCAACGAGAAACCCUACGUAUGUAAGAUCCCCGGCUGUACGAAGCGCUACACGGACCCCAGCUCUCUCAGGAAGCACGUGAAGACGGUCCACGGCCCGGAGGCCCACGUCACCAAGAAGCAGCGUGCCGACCUGCCGCCGAGGCCGCCGAGAGAGAACGGCGAGAACGAGACGGGAAACAGAGAGAGAAUCCAGAGGGAGGACAAGAUGUCCGACAGCAACAGCUCCCCCCGAGGUGUGGAGGACUACCUGCACGUCAAAUCCAUCAAGACGGAAAACUCUGUGAUGUAUCAGUCCAGCCCUGGCGGUCAGUCAUCAUGUAGCAGCGAACCAUCACCACUUGGCAGUGCCACCAACAAUGACAGUGGAGUAGAAAUGGCGGCGCACAGCGGGGGGAGCCUGGGGGACCUCAGCACCCUGGACGACCUGCCCUUCGUGGAGUCGUUGGGCUGUGAUGAUUCCACCGGUGGGGUCGCGGUGUUGGGGCUCCACUUCCGAAAGCAGCUCGGCACCUGCCAGCGCCUGGAGCAUCUGAAGAAGGAGAAGCUGAUGACAGUGAGGGACUCGUGUCGGUGGGCCGGCAACCCAACGCCCCUGGUCCUCGGCACCAAGCUGCCACCCAUACCAGCAAGCGGGUCCCUCCUGGAGAGUCCACGUAUGGGUGGUGGUCUGGUGUCCUUCCCUGGAUCUGGCUUGGGUGAUCUGAGCUCUGGUAAAACGACUUUGCUGGAGAACCUUUCCGAGCGCCGGGACAGCACCUCCAGUACCCUGAGCUCAGUUUACACCCUCAGCCGCCGCUCCUCAGGCAUCUCCCCGUGCUACUCUAGUCGGCGCUCGAGCCAGGCCUCACAGUUCAGUGCCAACCGCCUUAACAACCUCAGCUCUGCUGACUCCUAUGACCCCAUCUCUGCAGACAUCUCACGCCGCUCCAGUCAGACCAGCCAGUGUGGGGGAAGCAGCGGAGGAGGAGGAGGGUACGGAGGAAGGGGCUUACCCAGCCCCCUCAGUCUGACCCCUGCCCAGCACUACCGCCUCAAGGCAAAAUAUGCUGCUGCCAUUGGAGGUGCACCACCUACACCUCUUCCAUACAUGAAGACCAACACAGCCCUUUAUGGCGACUCCCCAGAAUCCUCCAGCACCUACAAGGUAGCACCCUCCAGGCAGUACAGCAGCUACCACACACGGAGCGUGAUGCCUCAUGAGGUCCCGUCCAACAUCCCCCGCAGAGCCAGCGACCCCGUGAGACGCCUGAAUUAUCACAACCAGCCGCAAAUGCAGCGCUACAACAGCAUGGGUACACUGAGCGGAGGGGUGACCAUGCAGCCCCAUCCACCUCCAGGCUGCCUGCGACCGGAUGGUAGUCCCCACCGCCACCCUCACAGCCUGCGACCACCCAGCAUUACAGAGAACGUCACCAUGGAGAUGAUAACCGGUGACAUCUGUGAGGAAGACCUGAUACUGUCAGACAACAGAGACACAACCACUCAACAAGAACUGGUCCCCAACUUUCAGAGAAGGAUGGCCAUCGUUAACCUACCCAGUCCAGUUGGCAUGAGUCCAGGGCAGCAGCGACAGAUGGGUCCAUCUUCACCGAGGGACUGUAAGGCCGAUGUUCAGUGGAACAACUCCCUGGGACCCAUGGAUGCCAGCCAGGAUUACUCCAAACUGCAGCUUCAUGGGAACCUCGCUGUCCUCCAGCAGAACCAGAACUUUGGAUCUUUACACGACAACCAGCAGAUGAUCCAAAACCUCGUCAACACAACGCAGCAGAGAUGCAAACAGCCGAGUACCGAACCGGGAGAGAACCGCUUCCAGCAGUCGUCAAAUCUCAAUGAAGGACUUCGCUCUCAGUGCAGGUUCAACACAGGCAUCAGUCCCUUUGAUAAGAACGGGAACACCACGUAUCCACCCUGUAAACAGGAGCCGGUCCACCUGGAGACUGUUAACGUGCACUUUGCUGAUGCUGGUUUUCAGCCCGUACAAGUUAAAAUUGAGGACUGUGAUGGAUCAGUCAUGAUUUCUGAUCAGCAGAACUGUAACAUGAACCCCCAGAUUCUCCUGCAAACUGGGAAUCUCCAACCAAGACCACCAACAGUACCGAAAUCUCUGAACAGGCACCUGUCAGGGCCAAAGGUGUCACAGCAACCGAGGCGUCCAAAUCAUUCCAACGAGGAUGCAGCCUCCAGAUUACCCAGCGAGGAAGUUUUAGGACUUUAUUGCGAACAGAACUCUGACGACAACGCCGUGUACUACACAGGGCAGAUUCAAGUAUUCGAGCCAAACGGGAACUUGGACCCUCUGGUGAACGUACCUCCCAGUCCUCCCAGUUCAGGCAACAACCAGGCAUCCAGGACUGCAGACUGUACUGCACCACUGGUGCAAACACAGAUAGACUUUGAUACCAUGCUGGAUGACGGGGAUCACUCCAGCCUCAUGUCGGGAACCUUGAGUCCUGGUCUACUCCAGAGCUUUUCCCAGAGCUCCUCUCGACUGACGACGCCUAGGAACUCGGUCACGUUGCCGUCUGUGCCGCCAGCGACGGGGAACAUGGCCAUCGGGGACAUGAGCUCGUUGCUGACUGCUCUGGCAGAAGAGAGCAAGUUCCUGGACCUGAUGUCUGAGCAGAACUCUUGAACUCCUGACGCACAAUAAACAACUUAAAACUGAUGUGAUCGUGUGCCACAAAGCCUCCGCAGUGUGUGACUCUUGGUUUCCUGUACAGUCUCAUUUGUUGAUUAUUUAAAAUGGCCAUUUUUUAAUCUUUUUAAAAAGCCAUAUUUGAGUUUUUUUGCCUUAGGUAGUAAAUAUGACAUGAACAACAGAAUGAUUUCAGUUGUCUGCAGUAAGAUCAGUUUACUAAGUGCCUGGCUCAGCCAAAUGAUGACAUCUAAAUGUGUAAACCAGGUAAUCAUCUGAUACCUACAUAUUUGAUUGUACCAUCAGCACCGACUUGUUUUUACGCUGUAAAUUACUCGAGUUUCUGUAUCAACUCGCUCAUCUCUGCUCAAGGAGAAAACAGUCCAAUCAUAACAAUGAGUCAUUAUUCGAUUGCUGCGUUGCUGCUGAGAUUAACUGUGACAUCUCCGCGUCAGGCAUCAGAGACUUGAUUUGUGACUGAAUUAUGAACUCAUGCAUUGAUGAAUCGGUUCUGCUCCGGCAGCGAGACGAGAGAAUCAAAUUUUUUUUUCUUUUGUACAUUAUUAAACCAGUUUGUUGUGCUGGAUGAAUGUAAAUAUCAUUUGUACAUUUUUAAGAAAUACAAAAUUGACAUUGAUUUUUUUAAACAA